AUGACUACCUUGGUCAUCAUACCAGUGCUGAUUUUGCAAUCGUUCUGUCUGGUUUACAGUUGGGAUUUGACAUCUAUCGGCUUAACUGACUUUUCAGUUAAACACGUUUCCCUUUACAAAUCUCGCGCAUUUCUUACAAUUGAAAGUUCCAAUGUGACACUAGUUGAGGCAUCGUGGCCAGAGAAUAAGCUAGGCGGAUCUCGUCCUCGGGUUUUAUCUAAUAACCCGUAUGAAUUAAGUGAUAGUUGUGAUGUGAUGAUGAACGUCAUUGGAACCGAUGUCGACCAAGUAGCACGCUUGUGGAUCUUGGAUCGCGGCAGUGCAGCAGUAUGCAACCCGAAACUACUUAUUCGAAGUCUAAUACUUCCAACCAGUCUUGAAAUAUCCUAUGUAUUCAGAUCAUCAGGUCGCAGGUUCAAUUCAAUUGUUGUUGACCCGAUUCAAGCUUUGGAUGGCGAUACACGUGCCUUUAUCACACUUGUUGAUACUGACUAUCUAUUUAUGUUCUCUCUGUUCAAGCGAGAAGUUGGUAAACUUAAAUUUGAAAAAAGGAAUCUAGCUCCGAUCAAUCAAAUUUCAUUAUCAGAAGUGGCUAUCAACCAAAACCAGUUGUACAUUUCGGACGAGUUAAGUGGACGAUUGUACUCGCUUCCGGUGAAAAUUAUACGUCAGCUUUCUUUCCCCGAGAAUAGAGUGCAGAAAAUGAUCAUGAAAACAAACGUUACCUACCUCGGACGGUUGAUGGGUCGUGCUAGCAAAUUGAAGUUGGACCUGAGGGAUAAUUUAUACUACAGCAUUGCCAGGGAUGGUGCGAUAGUAAAAUGUAAACCGGAACAGUCUCUGAGAGCGGAAGAUCAUUCAAUCAUCCUCCAACGGGGGAUCGACGUGAGCCAAAUCAUUCUUGGCUCUACCGGCAAAGGAUGGGUGAUCUCUAGUCAUUAUAUUUCCGACCAGAGCAAAAGGCACUGUUUGAGAAUAAAUACGUGA